GCUUCCUUUAGAUUAUCGUAUACGAGAUAGCUUUGUAUACUAGUUGUAAUAUUCGGGUAACUAUUUCGAGUAGAAAUAGAUUUCUGGGUAAAACAGAUAAUUAAUUUGGAGCGCCUUGGACGGCAAAUAUGUGAAAAGUUUCAAAAGUAUACGAAACGACGCGCGCAGGAGUUGCACGUGUUUACUCUAACCUAAAACACAUGUCAAGUGAGUUUACCCAGCAUUGUCAACAAGGCGUUGUUAUUUCUUUUUUAAAUUUAUAUAAAAUUACUUAACAAUGCUUGAAAGUGAAUCGGAAGAGUUGGUGACUGUCGGCAGCCACGUGAUAAUUCAAAGAUUGAAUUUCAAGAAAGUAUAUAGAGUUUCGGAGACCGGUUCGCUGAAUCUCGGCAAAGAAGAGAUCAAAAUGACUGAAAUCAUUGGAAAACCAUUCUGGACGACGUACAAAGUGAUAAGUUCAAAUGAAAAACGAGAUAAGAGAAGUAAAAUGACUCUGAUAGUUGCUGAAAAAAAAGAUUCAUUGGAAGAUUUGAAGGAUAAAAUAGCAAGUGGAUAUGACAACCGCUCAAUCAACGAUGAUGGCAAAUCACAGAAACUUUCUAAGGAUGAUAUUUUGAGUUUGAAAGAUGCUGGAAAAUCUGGACGCGAAAUAGUAAGCAGUCUUAUUGAAAAUAAUGCUUCUUUUACUGAGAAAACUGAAUACUCACAAGAGAAGUAUAUUCGUAAAAAGGAGAAGAAAUAUUGCCAGUUUAUUUCAGUUCACAAGCCAACACUAGCUGCAUUACAGGAGAUUUAUUUGAGACAAGAUCCUGCAAAGAUUUACAAUUUGAGAAUGGACUCGUUGGCUCAGAUACUUUCUUACAGUGAUGUAAAAUCUGAAGGCACGUUUAUGUUAUAUGACAGUGGAACUGCUGGCCUUGUUGCAGCAGGUAUGUUAUCGCGAAUUGGUGCAAAGUCUUCUGGCAACUUAGUUUAUUUGCACUCUGGAGAUCAUCUACCCCAAAUGCCUAUUGCAAGAGCUAUGAAUUUUCCAGAUGAACAAUUUUCUAGACUAACUAUUGCUAGUGUAUUUGACUUUCUUAAGCUAUAUAACAAGGCAAAUAAGGUUCCAAAUGGUAGUGCGAUAGAUUCAAAUACAAUGGAAAUAAAUACUGAAACACUAACGCUUGAUAAUCAAGGUGUAUCUGAUAAAACUCAAGACAACUGUGAAAACAAUUGUAGUACAAAUUCUAGUGGUUUAAAGAGAAAAGCUAUAGAUAGUCCUCAAUAUGAAGGGCCUGUUGUUAAAAAAUCAAGAAAAGUAUUGGAUAUAGAGAAAGCUGUGGAAUUAGUAUUGCACUCGAAAACUGACAGUUUAGUUAUAAUUGCAAAGGAGCAUCCAUUAAAUAUUAUUAAAGGGCUGUUACCAUUUGUGCAAUCAUCCAGACCAUUUGUAAUUUAUCAUGCGAAUAGAGAAGUUCUUCAGGAAACAUACGUAGGAUUGAAGCAGGAAAACAGUGUGAUAAACAUAAGGCUUUUUUCAAAUUUCUUAAGAUUAUAUCAAGUCUUGCCAGACAGGACUCAUCCAGAUAUUUUAAUGAAUGACUGUGGUGGUUAUUUACUCACUGGUUAUACUAUUAGCGAAUGAUAUAAUUUGAAUUGUUUUAAACAAAUUUUUUUCUGAUCAACGCAAGCCUGUAAGAGAUUUCUGUAAAUAAACUAUUUUCUAUAGAAAAAUGAUGUACAUACAAAGUUGCGAAAUGUACAUACUCAUAUGAUGAGAAGCAUUGUUGAACACAUUUUUAUAAAUUUAAAAAAUGAACUAUAAAUUGAUUUUGUAUUUCUUUUUGUAAAUAUUACAUCUAAACAUUCUAUCCUGUACAACUGUAUUAUUUUGAUAAUUAAAAUGAUUAUUUUAUGAAAAAUAGGUUUAAUUUGCUUAUUUCAACUUAUAAAUUACAUUAUUGUCUUGCUA